CACCACCCCCCCCCCUCCGCGGAGCCGACGCUCGUCAGACUGUAGCUCGGACACACACACACACAGCACCAGAGCAGACACCACACACGGCUCCCCGAACAUGGCGCUGAAUCGGAACCAUUCGCAGAACGGCGGCGUUUUGAUAAGCAACGGGGAAAGUGUUUUGAGGGAGUGUAAGAACGUGGAGCUGUCGUUCAGCGAUGUCGCGUGCAAGACGGACCUGCUGAAGGGGACCAAGAAGGGCACCGUGUACCUCACACCGUACAGGAUGCUCUUUGUGUCCAGUAACACCAAGGAUUGCCUGGGGUCAGCCAUGUUCCCCUAUUAUAUGAUGAAGGGCUGCAGCAUUGAGCAGCCAGUCUUUGCAGCAAACUACAUCAAAGGCACAGUGUCAGCCGAGCCUGGCGGUGGUUGGGAGGGCCAGGCCAAUUUCAAGAUGUCAUUCACCAGUGGAGGAGCCAUCGAAUUGGGACAGCAUCUGUUCAAACUGGCCACAAAUGCAUCUCGUGCUGGCCCUGCCCAGAAUGGUGCCGCCUCAUAUGGCUAUCCUUCACCCGGGAUGAUGAAUGGCUAUGGCCCAACUCCGCCUGCUCCUCAUGGCUAUCCGUACCCACCCCCUCCUCAGCAGAAUGGAUUCUACCAAGGGGCUCCCCCUGCUCCUGCCAACAUGGGCUAUGCCUAUCCAACAGAUGCUGCAGGAAUGUACCCAUCAGGUUUGGACUACAUGGCCCCUCCUCCCCCUUACCCCGGACCACCCCAAAAUUGGACUGCGCCCCCUCAGAACUGGACAACACCACCACAACCUCAAGGUAACUCCAAGGCGGCCGAGGCAGCAGGCAGUGCGUAUUACAACCCCAAUGAUCCACACAAUGUCUACAUGCCCAUGGAGCGGCCUCCACCAUACGCACCUUAUCCAGAACCUCCUAACAAGAAAAACAACUGAGGUUCAGUCAACAUCACUUCAAUGACACUCUUCUCUCUUCCUCCAUCUUUAUAUGUAUAUUCUAAAAGGAGUGCUGCUGAUGGUUACUUCCACGAGUAGAAUGAAGUAAAGAAAAUGCAAGUAAUCAAGCAAGCUCAAAGAUGUCAGUGAUAAUUCACCAAUUAAUUAAUGAUAUUUUGGAUACUGGAAUAGCAAACAUAACAAUCGCAUCUUUUAAAUACUGUUUAUUCCUUAUACCCAAGUUCACGUGAUAAUCAUAAAAUGAUUGGCAACUUAAAUCUCUGGCUUUUCAGAGCCUCAUUAUUAUUAUUAUUAGUAGUAACAUUCCCAGUGGUGGGAUUUAUUUUAUUUUGGUCUAGGUCUCUAGGGCGUGGAUAUGAGGGCACUGAAAUGGUCCUUAUUAAGAGCUGAAAGGAGGAGUUAGUGUGGGGAAUGUAUUUUUUAAAGACCGAUUUAUUACCAAAACAUUUUUGUAGCAGUUUCUUUUUUGAUCCUAUAGUUAUUAACAAUAGCAACUAUACUCCCUCUUAUAAGCAGUUCUAAGUAUUUUUGCUGUUUCCUUGCAAAUACCGUGUGUUUCCUAUAUAGAUUUGCUUUGAGUAUUUGUUGUCCAUAUCCAGAACAGGGUUGGAAAGUGUUUAGUACUGCAAUAUCUGGCUGAUUUUUAAUAGUCAACAUUUCCUUCAUAUAUGAUCAGUGUGAUCAUGUACUACUAUCAUUUUAAUUACAGGCUCAGUAAUUCCAUUUAUUGUAAGACCCAUAUCUCACGGCCCCCUCGUGUGAGAGGUUUUGGUAUCAGAAGGAGUGGUGUAAUGUUUAAAAAAACGGGGAUCAGAUAGAUCUCUAGAAUAACAACUCUAUGUAUGUGCAAUAUUUUACCUCACGUGAGAAGGUCAAAGGUGGUUGACCCCUUGGACUUCUAUUGUAUUCAUGUAUGCAAGUUCGAGCUGAAACCAGAACCUCUACUGUUUAAGUAAUUACACUAGUGUGGGGUUACAGGGCCACAAGGAUUAUAUUAAGGGCCCCUGAGUGUUUCGCUUGCUGUUGAAGCUUCUGAAAGCAAACCAUUUAUUCCUAAUUAAACUAGCGUGAGGCUCUGACAGGCUGUGUAAUUGCACCCCUCCCCCCCUUUACAUGUGCAUCAGUUAACACCUGUUUGAAGGACUCUUUGCACACAGUAGAAGUGGAGAAAGGAUUUUUUUGUGUUUAGGUUUUAGUUUGCUUGAGUUAAUCAAAUUUCUGUAUAUUAAUAUCUCUUUUUGCAGUUCUUAUUCCUUUUUGCAGAAUUUUGUCUUGUCAGUUAAAUUCUAAUAAAUGUGUCAUUUAUUAAAUUUCA